UUCAGGUCGCAAACGGGUUUCAUCACAGUCGGGUGGGGCAAACUUUUCCUGCGCAAAGACGCGCCCGGCGCUCCCGCACACCUUAUAACGCACCGCACCGCGUCCGCCGCACGUCCUUCCCUCGCCUCCGCUCCACGCACUCCGGUCGUCGGUCAUGUUCCGCUGUGGGAUCUCCUACCCGCGCUGCAGGUGGAUCGUGCCCCUGCUCGUGCUCUUCGCCAUUAUUUUCGACAUCGUCGCCAUCGCCGCCUCCUCGGGGUGGGUCGAGGACGAGGACGCCAGGUCUCACUACGCCAGUAUGUGGGACCAGUGUCGAGGCAGGGACGACAACUGGGAGUGCAAGUCGCUCAUGGAGUACAGUUGGGCCCAGGCGGUGGCUGCUCUCAUGCUCAUCGGCCUCAUCCUCCUCCUCAUCGCCUUCAUCCUCGCCUGCGUGGGCCUGUGCGGCUCGCUCAACAUCGGGCUGAUGCCCGUCAUAGGAGGACUGCUGUUCAUCGUCGUGGUCGUCCAGAUCAUCGCCCUCAUCCUCUACCCCGUCAAGUUCAACGAGCUGAUCUUCGAGGGCCACUACUACUACACCUGGGCCUACGGCUUCGGCUGGGGCGCCACCAUCCUCUGCAUCGGCUGCGGCGUCCUCUUCUGCUGCCUCCCCAACUACGAGGACGAGCUGAGCGGCAUCGCCAAGACGAAGUACAUCUACACCCACGCCUGAGCGCCGCCCCGGCGCCGCCGCUCUCCCCCAUCACGCUGCCGCUGAACAUAUCCUCAAAGUCCUUGUCUGUUGCGUUGCGUUUGUUGGUCAGCGACACGUCCUCCUCCAGACGCGGGGAGACCGUGGCCUCUGAUCGGACCCGUUUUGAUUGUUUCCAAGGUCAGCAUCCUAAAUCGGGUUCUGGUCUUUUCCACUUCCUGUAAAACAUAUUCCACAUUUUAUCUGUAGUUUCUUAUCAGGACCACGUAAGUGCACUUAACUUCUGGGACGUCGUUUUGUGUGACGUAGAAUUUUAAGAAUCGUCAUAGGUUCAGUCCCGAGUGUUCACUGAACGUUUCUUACUUCCUCUUCAUUCUGUGGAUAAAAGCUGUAAAUGUAGUUUGAGUUGAUUUCGCAUCACUUUGUAUAUUUUUAUUAGCUGUUGCUGUUUUUACAUGCUUGUAAUUAGUCAGUACCAAAGGGUUUAAGCUGUGGGAGAGCUCAGUGCUGUGCUUUUGUCUGUUCUGAACAUAUAACUAAUACACUGUGACCAUCGUCAUGGUUGGUGGUGGAUUUAAUCUGCAAACCUAAAAACCUAUUUGCAUUUAGACCUGAGACAUUUUCUACUUUGUGACUUAGGCUUUUUAUAAUGUGAUCAUUCUGACGGUGCCGUGGGUCCAACUGCACAAAUACCAGCCUGGUUAGAGAACGAUCCAAACGGAUCUGCCGCGGUGAGGACGCAGUGUGUCCCACUGACGGAAAAGGAAACGGCCUCGUUCCACACUUCAGGACCAGUCGACCUCACAGCGUUGUGCGAUGUGUUCGGUUUUGUGAAACGCCGCCCUUCUCUUCUUCACUGUUGUGUUGGUGAAUUCUCGACUUUCCCGUCAGACGGGUUUUUUGCACUCGUUCCCAUUCACCGGUCGAUUUCAGUUCAGAACAAAAUCAUGCCCGAACAAGUCGGAUUCACCACGAAGAGUCCGUCUAAAGAAGGUGAUGUGAAAUAACACAAACCAUUUUUUUCUUCUAACGAGUUUUAAAUCGUGUAUCUAUCGAAUUGAAUAAUCCAAGAGUGAAGUCAUUCUGGAACUUUCUGCUGUCGUACAGAGUGAAUAGUUUUGGUUGUCUGUAUUUUUGAUGCAAUAAAGAGCUGUUUUCCAUUUGA